AUGGCUCAACUUCUGACACGCAUGGUGAAGAUGCUCUUUCAGAAGAGCCACUCCGGAAACGUCGACGCAGCAGCAAUGACAGCACUAAUGGCACCCUCCACCACAGGCAAAGGGCGCUCUUCACGUGGUGAUAAGGCAAGGGCGUCGGACAGCGACGCUGCAUGCCCUCGUAAACGUGGUAACAAUUCAAGUUCAGACACGGAAAGUGGCCCCAGUGAGCAAGAGAUGGAUGGUGACCCUACCACCCAGGACUCUUAUGGAAAUGGACAUUCUCCCAAGGUGCCACCACUCAAGAUAGUGUUGCCUUCAAGUGGCACAGGUAAUCUUGAAGGUACUGAACCAGCUGGUGGUGCCAACUCCAAAGAGCGCAAGGUUUCCUCAAGCAAGCCUGCCUUGCCUUAUGUAGUGAAUGCUGCGGAAUCCUUGAGUGAAGGAUCUCCCAGUGAGCAGGCUGUGGAAGAGAAGGAGCGACGGCGAGAAGAAGAACGCUGUCAGAGGGUCACACGAAGUAGCCACAGGGCUGCCUUGACCCAUGAGGAAGAAGUGGAGGAUGCACCUGAGGUACACCCUCGGAAGCGCAAGCUGAGAGCUCGGGAAGAUCAGCAGCAGCCUCAACAGCAGCAGCAGUCACCGCAGCAGCAGCAGCAACAGUCACCACAGCAGCAGCAGCAGCAACAGCAGUCAACCACAGCAGCAGCAGCAGCCAUCACAGCAGCAGCAGCAGCAGCCACUACAGCAGCGGCAGCAAGAGCAGCAGCAACAGCAGCUGCCAACACAGCAACGGCAGCAGGAGCAGCAGCAGCAGCAGGCAGGCGUAGCUUCUCCUUUAGAGCCUCCAACCCUCAUAGAGGAAGUGAGUCAACCAGUCACCAAUGGCUUCCAGAUGUACUAGACAUCCGCAAGCAAGUGGAGAAGCGGCGUCAGGCCAUGCUGGUUGUACACCCCAAACCACCCCAAGGUUUCAAGGACUACCUUCUCAAUCGUGGCUCCUAUGUCCUCGAAGGAAAUCCAUCGUCACGCCUCUCUGUGCCCAUGGUAAGAAUAGUACCUCUAUGUUAG